AUGAUCGAUGAUCAAGAAAAUUUUGAUACCAGCCCACAAAAUAAAUGGAAAGUUCUUCUCAUUGAAAGGUUGCCAAGUGAGGUUAUCCCACUAAAAGAUACAGAAUCCUUCAAAAUUGAGUUUCUUGCUGAAUAUAGUAAAUCUUCUACACCCGGACCUAAAAAAGUCCUGCCAAAUGUCUGGAUUCUUAGUACAGCUUAUUAUCUGAAGAAUCCCAGCAGAGAGCCUGCUCCUGAGCCAAUUACCGAGCCUGAACUCAUUAUAUAUAAGGAUGAUCAACUUGAAAGAAUGUAUGAGGAUGCAAGGUGUUGUUUGGAAGAAUUUAACAAUGAUCCUGAUGACUUUGGUUGGAAUU